CGCCACGGCCGCCGCCAUGGAGGUGGUGUCAGCGGAGGUCAACAGCCUGCUCCCUGAGGAGAUCAUGGACACCGGCAUCGCUCUGGUGGAGGAGGACGGCAUCGAGGCGGUCAUCGUGUCCUCCUCCGUGCCGGACUCCAUCCCCAUGGAGACAGAACUGGAAGACAUGGUGACGGUGAGCUCGGCCGGCGACGCCUCCGCCGCGGUCACCAUCAAGACGGAGGAGCCGGACGUGCCGGUGAGCGCCGCGGCCCCCAAAGCCGACGUGGCGGCCGUGGUCAAGUCGGCCUUCCCCGGCGGCCUGCGCAAGCUGGGCGCCCAGAGCCCCGUCACCAUCUCGGCCAACCAGAUCAUCCUGAACAAGGCCGGCGCCGACAUCAAGAUAGGCGGCCAGAGCCUGAAGCCGGAGGGGCAGAAGCUGAUCGUGACCACCCUGGGCAAGACCGGGCAGCCCAUCGUGCUGGCGCUGCCCCACAGCCAGCUGCCCCCGCCGCAGAAGCCGGCGGCCCAAGCCCAGAGCGGCGACUCCAAGGUCCAAGGGCAGCCCAUCAAGGUGGUCCUGGGGGGCCGGUCGGAGGCCAAGCCGGUGGUGGGCGUCUCGGCCCUGCCGCAGGGCGGCCAGCUGAUCAACGCCGCGGCCCAGCCCUCCGUCCUGCAGACCCAGCAGCUGAAAACAGUGCAGAUCGCAAAGAAGACUCGAACCCCAACUUCUGGCCCAGUCAUCACCAAGCUGAUCUUUGCCAAACCAAUCAAUAGCAAAGCUGUGACAGGGCAGACCACUCAAGUGUCACCAGUCAUUGCAGGUAGGGUUCUUUCACAGUCUGCUCCAGGAACACCACCAAAGACAAUAACCAUCUCUGAGAGUGGAGUCAUUGGAUCAUCCCUGAGCACACCACCACAGCAGACACCAAAUAAAAUAGCUAUCUCACCACUCAAAUCCCCUAAUAAGCUAACAGUGGUGUCAGUGGCCUCCCAGCCUCCCAGCUCCCCCCAGAAGACGGUGGGCGUCCCACUGAAUGUAGCGUUAGGACAGCAGCUCCUGACAGUGCAGCAGUCAGCACCCUCCUCCCCUGGCAAAGCUGUAGCCAACCACACAAGCACCCAGGCUGUGAAAUCAGCAGUGCAGACCCUCACUGUAGGAGGAGUGAGUACAUCUCAGUUUAAGACAAUCAUUCCCUUGGCAACUGCACCCAAUGUCCAGCAGAUCCAGGUCCCUGGAAGCAAGUUCCACUACGUCAGGCUGGUCACUGCCACCACAGCCAACACUUCAACCCAGUCAGCCAGCCAGCCCCCCAGCACCAACACACAGCCUCUGCAGCAGGCAAAGCCAGUGGUGGUGAACGCCACCCCCGUCAGGAUGUCGGUGCCCAUCGUGCCAGCACAGGCUGUCAAGCAGGUGGUGCCCAAGCCAAUGAACCCAACCUCCCAGAUUGUCACUACCAGCCAGCCCCAGCAGAGACUCAUCAUGCCAGCCACUCCACUGCCACAGAUCCAGCCCAACCUCACCAACCUGCCCCCUGGCACUGUGCUGGCCCCAGCCCCUGGCACAGGGAACGUUGGCUAUGCAGUGCUUCCAGCCCAGUAUGUCACACAGCUCCAGCAGUCCUCCUACGUGUCCAUAGCCAGCAGCACGGGCUUCACGGGCAGCGCCAGCACCCAGUCCCAGGCACGCCUGCCCUUCAACGGAAUCAUUCCCUCCGAGUCUGCAAACCGCCCCCGGAAGCCUUGCAACUGCACCAAGUCUCUGUGCUUGAAACUGUACUGUGACUGCUUUGCCAAUGGGGAGUUCUGCAAUAACUGCAACUGCACAAACUGCUACAACAACCUGGACCACGAGAACGACCGCCAGAAAGCAAUAAAGGCCUGCCUGGACAGAAACCCUGAAGCCUUCAAGCCCAAGAUAGGGAAGGGGAAGGAAGGCGAGUCGGACCGGAGGCACAGCAAGGGCUGCAACUGCAAGCGCUCGGGCUGCCUGAAGAACUACUGCGAGUGCUACGAGGCAAAAAUCAUGUGCUCUUCCAUCUGCAAAUGCAUUGGCUGCAAGAACUUUGAGGAGAGCCCAGAGAGAAAGACUUUGAUGCACCUAGCAGACGCUGCAGAGGUCAGGGUCCAGCAGCAGACUGCUGCCAAGACCAAGCUCUCUUCCCAGAUCUCAGACCUGCUGACAAGGCCAGCACCAGCACUCAGCAGUGGUGGUGGGAAGCUGCCCUUCUCCUUUGUCACCAAGGAGGUGGCGGAGGCGACCUGCGAGUGCCUGCUGGCGCAGGCGGAGCAGGCGGAGAAGCUGGGCAAGUCCAAGGCCGAGGCCGAGAGGAUGAUCCUGGAGGAGUUUGGGCGCUGCCUGAUGAGGGUCAUCAACUCGGCGGGGAAGUCCAAAAGCGACCCCGGCGCCAUGAACUGCUGA